AUGGAGAGUGAAACAGCAACAAUGGAGGUCGAGAGAGACCAACACACAUCUCCACCGUGCGAGACGACUACAGUCCCUAUCGUUGAUCUGAGCGAUCUCGACGAUGAGCUCGUGGCACGUGCGGUGGUGAAAGCGAGCGAAGAGUGGGGGGCUUUUCAGGUGGUUAACCACGGGAUUCCGACGGAGUUGCUGCGUCGGCUUCAGGAAGUGGGGAGGCAGUUCUUUGAGCUCCCGGCCGAAGAAAAGGAAGCCGUAGCAAAGCUACCAGACGUCGAUUGCUUGGAAGGUUACGAUUCAAUACAUUCAAAACGUUUAGAGUCUUGGAACAGUCACCUGCUUCACAAAAUCUGGCCACCGUCGUGCAUCGACUACAGAUUCUGGCCUAAGAAUCCUCCAGAUUACAGGGAGGUGAACGAGGAGUACGCAAGACAGGUGAAGAAGUUAACGGAGAAGAUUAUGGGUUGCUUGUCAAAGGGGUUAGGGCUAGGGCACGAUGCCUUGAACGAAGGUAUAGGCGGCGAUGCAGCAGAGUAUACGAUAAGGAUCAAUUACUAUCCGCCGACGUCGGAUGAAAUCAUAGGAGCACCGGCGCAUACAGAUUUCACUUCAAUGGCACUCCUAGUCCCCAACGAGGUUCCUGGACUUCAAGUCUUCAAGGGUAACAGCUGGUUCGACGUUGAGAACGUCGAUUCAGGCAUUGUUGUCCUCAUCGGCGAUCAAAUCAUGAGGAUGAGCAACGGGAGGUACAAGAACGUGUUGCAUAGAGCAACGAUGGAUAAGGAGAAGACGAGGAUGUCGUGGCCGGUUUUGGUUGACCCUAAGCGUGGUUUGGUCGUCGGACCUUUGCCGGAGCUCAUCGGAGACGAUAAUCCUCCCAAGUUUGAGUCUUUAACCUUUGAAGACUACAUUCACCGCAAGAUCAAUAUGCUUCUUCACGAUGGAUAA